UCCCAUCACGCCUCCCAUACACAGGACCACACAAAAGGGACAAAUCAAGUAGAUAUCAGCAGGAAAUGGGAACCUCUUGCCCACAUCAUAACCAGAGGUAGUACCAGUCCUCCGCUCCCACAAGCACCCGUCUUCUCUGGAUUAUAUUCGGAAGCAUCUAUGAGACAAUCAUCCAGAGAAUAGAACAAAUGGAGACCCCUUUUACUACUCAGCAAACCUACAUAGAUGAGUUCAGUCCCUUAGAUUACUUCCAGACAUACUAUGUAGCAGAGGGCGGAGCUCUUCAUGGAGAAUGGACAGAAUUUGUCUUGAAGAACCUUCAUGAAACAUUCACUGCAGGUGGAGUAAAAGGAAAUACUCUGAUUGAUUUUGGUGCCGGACCGACCAUUUAUCACCUUCUCUCUGCUUGUGAAGUAUUUGAUAAAAUAUUCACUUCAGAUUUCCUGGAGCAAAACCGUGCUGAACUGAAAAAAUGGUUGAAGAAGGAUCCCAAUGCUUUUGACUGGACCCCAGUUAUAAAAUUUGUAUGUGAGCUGGAAGGAAACAGGGAGAAUUAUGAGAAAAAGGCUGAGAAACUCCGCAGUAAAGUACAAGACGUCCUGAAAUGUGAUGCAUUGAAAAGAAACCCUUAUGAUCCCAUUGUUCUACAACCGGCUGACUGCCUUCUUACAUGUCUCUGCCUUGAAGCCCCUUGUGAAGACAUAAAGUCAUUCUGUAAUGUUCUGAAAAAUUUCAAGGAUUUAAUCAAACCCGGAGGUCACUUAUUGAUCUUGAGUGUACUAAACGCUACAAUGUACUAUGUUGGGAAUAAGUAUUUUGCAAGUAUGUGUACAAAAAAGGAAGAACUAGAGGAAGCUUUUAAAGAGGCAGGCUAUGAAAUUAUUAAAGCUGUUUAUGCUCCACGUAAUGAUAAAUCCAGGAUGGAUGUUUCUGACUAUGAUGGUUACUAUUACAUUCAUGCCCGAAAACCAAAAUAAGAUGAACUCUCCUGUCAUCAUUACAAGUACGCAAGUUUCAAUACCUACACCUACUUUUGGUGUAUUCUAUUUGUGCAAUGUGUCACAUUGGACGUGCAAAGUAUACAUACAAAACAUAAGUACAUUUAAACUCAAUUGACACACAGCUGAAACUACAUUUAUGUUCAUCUCUUGAGCACUAAAGAAAUCCUUCAAAUCAAUUUCUUCUAUUUUUUAUUGGCCACUUUUCUUUUUUUUAUAUUACUUGCAUGCUGAAGUUUAAUUCCAAAUAAACAAGUAUAAAUAUUUUGUGUUGGGUUAGUUAUUGAGGGGAAUUAUUUUGUGGGAUUUAGCUGGAUUUGUUA